AUGGAUCAGAGAUUGUGGCAUCAGGCCAGGCGACACAGUCAAUGUUGUUGUCAGACAACAAACUUCAUUCGAAUCACUGUGAUGCACGAACGUCGACAAAUUCCACUUGAUGUUGAACAUAGCGAACUUGUUCAAAACCUGAAGAAAAAAAUUCAAGAACGGGAAGGAUUUUCCGUUGAUCAGCAAGUUCUUAUGUUCCAAGGCAGAGAAAUCAACGGGAGAUUGAAUCAUAGCGGAGUUGGAGGCGGAUCAACUCUACACUUGUAUUUCAGAAAAGUUCAAAUAUUUGUCAGAGAUUUCGAAGGCAGAUCACAUACGUUCGAAGUACAUCUGACCGACCAAGUUCAAGAUUUCAAAAAGCAAGUCGAAAGGAAAAUUGAUGUCACAGCAAGCCAACAACGUUUAGAAUACGCUGGACGACAGCUAAUGGAUGGCCAAAAACUCCUAGAUCAUGGUAUUAAACAAAAUUCAACACUGGAGCUGAAAGGUCGUCUUCGUGGCGGAUAA